AUGCCUGCCUCUGUUGAUUCUCGCAAAGUCCAGGCCAACAACCAUCUCGAUGGCUUGCCCAACGAAAUACUAGAGAUGAUUGUAUAUAAGACGAUUAAGAACCCGUUCGACAUUUACGCCACCUUGGCCAAUGUUCGGACAAUCUCACGCAUUGCUCGGACUUGUAGGCGUCUAUACUCUGUUGCCAACCCGAUUCUCUACAGGUGGAGCAUCCAGCACGGCGGCUGUUCUGGUCUCUUCUGGGCGGCCAGGAAGAAUAGAGUCGAUGUAUUCAAGCGAUUCGUGGAAGUCGGAGCAUCGGUUAACAUGGUGGUUACCGAUCGGACUCCUGCAAUGACCGCGGUGACAUUUAGCAGCAUCGAUAUUGUGCGCUAUCUGCUGACUCUUCCCGACGUCGACUGGAACCGAACAAGUAUACAUCAUGGCAUGGCACCGUUGCAUGCGGCCAUGGCGUGUCCGACGGAGAUCACGAAGCUGCUGUUGAACUGCAAGGAUGUGUCGGUAGAUGAGAAGACUGGGUGGGAGAGACAUACAGCGCUGCAUUAUGCCUCGGAGAGGAAUAUGGUUUCCGAAGCAAAAACUAUACUCGAGAGAGGCGCAGAUCCAGAUGCUCGAAAUCACCGCGGCUGGUCGCCGCUCAAUUUUGCAGCAGCCCGGGGACACACAGACAUGGUGCGGCUGCUCCUCGAGACCGGCAAAGUCGAUAUCAACGUGAAUCCCGAAGACGGUCAGCCGCCUCUAGCCGCAGCAGCCGUCAAGGGGCACAAAGACAUAUUUGAGAUGCUCAUCUCGCAUCCGGAUAUUGACGUUGAGGUUGUUUUGAGCUGUGGUUAUACAAAGAAGAAUAUGGAUGAUAUACCCUCUGACUUGUUUAACCGUCUAAUUAUGGAAGUGGCUGGGGGUAGUUGA